AUGUCUGAAACGAAGCAGCUCACCUUCUCUGAGGUCUCAGAACACAGCUCCAAAAAAGACAUCUACCUGAUAGUCCAUGAUAAAGUCUAUGAUGCCACAUCAUUCGUCGACGAGCAUCCCGGUGGCGAAGAAGUUCUCUUAGAUGUCGGCGGCCAAGAGGCUACGGAGGCGUUCGAAGACGUAGGGCAUAGUGACGAGGCAAGGGAAAUCCUUGAGGGGCUGAAGGUGGGCGAUUUAAAGAGAGUGGCUGGUGACCCCGAACCCAAAGCGCAUGCUCCUCCACCAUCUACAGCCAGCACAGGUGCAACGUCAGACUCGACUGGUUUGGGCAUCGGUCUUUAUGCAAUUGUGUUGGUCGGUGGCCUGGCAGCAUUUGGGGCAUACAAGUAUCUCCAGGCCAAUUCGCAAAGCAGCAAGUAG